UUCAUUUCUAAUAAUAAGAAAAGAUGAAAAUGGACAAUGAUGAAUCAUCAACAAAGUUAAUGAUAAACAGUCCACUACCAGGAUUCAGAUUUCAUCCAACCGAGGAAGAACUCGUUGAUUUCUACCUUAAAAGUGUCGUCACCGGCAACGAACUACCGCUCGACGUCAUCGGUUUUCUCAACCUAUAUCGUCACCAUCCUUCCGAAUUGCCCGGUUUAGCCAAGAUUAAUGGUGAGAGAGAAUGGUACUUUUUUGUUCCUAGAGAUAGCAGCCGGAAACAUGGGAACAACAACGGUGGUCGGCCAAACAGGACAACUGAAAAGGGUUUCUGGAAAGCCACAGGUUCAGACCGACGGAUUCUAAGUUCGUCUGAUCCUAAACGUUUGGUUGGAUUGAAGAAAACUUUGGUCUUCUACAAUGGAAGAGCUCCUCGUGGCUCAAAGACCGAUUGGAUUAUGAAUGAAUUCCGUCUCCCCUGUUCUUUUUCUUCUUCGAAUUCGAAUGAGGAUAUGGUGGUGCUAUGUAAGAUAUAUAGAAAAGCUACAUCAAUGAAGGUAUUGGAACAAAGGGCAGCCAUGGAUAAUAAUAAUAACUCUCCAUCAUUAACUGCUGACGUCAUCUCAUCGGAAUCUGAUCAAUUGGAGGUGGGUUUAAAUGAAAUAGGAAUUGUCGGCGGCGGCGCCGGCGGAUCAGUGCUGUUGCCGGUGGAAAUGGAGAAGAUGCCGGAGCUGAAAUUGACUAGGAUGACUAGUAUGGAUUGGGGUCAAGAUUCGUUUUGGUCUCAGCUUAGAAGCCCAUGGGCUGAUAUCUUCUUGCUUGACCCAUCACUUUGUUAAUUAAAAUGAAAUAAAAGAA